GUCGAUAAAUAAAAUGCUCACGUUUGGUACUAAUCUCCUUACAUCCAACCAAGUCAUGUCGACCUCCCGCUUUCGUAUUGACUGACAGACUCUCACUAGCCAAGAGAGUACAAGUAGCGCCCACACGAUUAGAUGCGUGAAUUCUACUCGCUUCAGAGCUGAGCGUGCGAUGUUUAGUCUGUGGGGAAGCGACAUGUGAAGGUGGACGUAUGUGGAGUGUCGAGUUUUAGCGCAAGGUAAACCCCGCGUUUUCGCUUCCCCAGAUUGUUUCAAUUCUAGAUCUUGUUUGAAAAUGGGGGAGGUGGAAACCGGAGAUAUAAAGCAUUCCAUGUUCCCCGUCGAAGGGGGGGGCAUUAUCUUUAAUUUAUCGGUUACUCUGGAAUUGGACUAUUUUUCCUUUGAUUUUGAUAUAGAAUACUACUGCCUCGUUUUGCAUGAUGGGACCUCAAAAUAUCAAUGCUGAGGAGAGAACGAUUGGCGUGGAGUCGAGAGAUGAAAAACCUGGCGUCUUUCAUGAAGAGCAUGCGGAGCAUCUAAAUAAGGGCGCCCAAGCAAUUGCAGAGAGAGGAAAUGAAGCGACUGAUAGGCAUGGCCAGUCACUUGUUACAUUCGACCCCGCUGCGGAAAGAAAAUUAAGAUUAAAGAUUGAUUUGAUGAUUGUUCCCACUGUUGCAUUGUUAUAUCUAUUUUGUUUUAUCGAUCGAGCAAAUAUUGGUAAUGCCAAAUUAGCAGGACUCGAGAAGGAUUUAAAUAUGAAGGGAUAUGACUAUAACAAAGUCUUAUCUAUCUUCUACAUUUCAUAUAUCCUCUUCGAAAUCCCCGCGAAUAUGGCUUGCAAAUGGAUAGGCCCAGGAUGGUUCAUCCCAGGAACUUCGUUGGCGUUUGGAAUCUGCUCAAUUGCCACCGCAUUCGUGCAUAACAUUCACGCGAUUUCAGGCGUUCGUUUCCUUUUAGGUAUCUUUGAGGCAGGUAUGCUACCGGGUAUCGCAUACUAUCUUUCUCGUUGGUAUCGACGAUCUGAAUUGGCAUUCCGUCUAUCACUGUACAUUGUCAUGGCUCCAUUAGCUGGUGCAUUUGGAGGUUUGCUCGCCUCGGGGAUCCUGAAACUUCCAGGCUUCGGCUCACUUCACACUUGGCGAAUGAUUUUCGCCAUUGAAGGUAUCAUUACCUGUUGUCUCUCGCUCAUUGCCUUCAUCACCCUGACCGAUCGUCCUGCCACCGCGAAAUGGCUCACACAAGAAGAGAAAGACCUCGCGAUUGCUCGUAUUAAAUCCGAGAGAGUUGGAGCUACCGAAGUCUUGGAUGCAUUCGACACUAAAAAAAUCCUUCGUGGUAUCUUCAGUCCAGUAACCAUCGCUACAUCCUUCAUUUUCCUCCUCAACAACAUCACCGUCCAAGGUCUUGCUUUCUUCGCACCCACAAUCGUGAGGACUAUUUACCCCAAAGCCACCGUGGUCUCUCAACAACUACACACCGUUCCGCCUUAUAUUGUCGGUGCAUUCUUCACAGUUCUUUUCCCAUUCCUCAGCUGGCGCUUCGAUCGACGCAACAUCUUUUUGAUCGCAAGCGCUCCCUUGAUGAUGUGCGGCUACAUCAUGUUCCUCGCCAGCACCGAUGCUCAGACUCGCUACGGAGCCACUUUCCUCAUCGCCAGUGGAGCUUUCUCUUUCGGCGCACUCUGCAAUGCUCAAGUGGCUGCCAACGUAGUCUCCGAUACCGCGCGCUCCAGCGCAAUUGGUACUACUGUCAUGAUGGGUAACAUCGGAGGUCUCAUCUCAACGUGGUCAUUCCUGCCCACUGAUGCACCUAAUUACCAUAUUGGAAAUGGACUCAAUCUCGCGACUGGAACCACGAUAUUGAUUUUGUCGAUUGCGUUACUCUUCUGGAUGAAGAUGGAUAACAAGAAGAGGGAAGCGAGAGAUGUGGAUGCGGAGUUGGAUGGAUUGAGUCAAAAACAAAUUCAGGAUUUGGAUUGGAAACACCCGGGAUUUAAGUGGAAGCCUUAAUUAGGGUUGGGGAUUUGGGUGGCUUAUUGUAUCUUGUUUUGUGUAUUAGCAAUUGCAAGAGCAUUUUUGAUUAUAAUUUAGCAGGCGGUUGGUUACGAAUUUUAUGCAUUUUUUCAUUUGAAAUGACA